AUGCUCAUUUGGUUGUGGUAUGGGUUGUUGGUCAGGGUUUUCGUCAAUCUCGUCCACUGUGGCUGGGGGGGGGAGUUUCCCGGCCCUACUCCUAUCGUGGGCGCGGGGAAACUGGAGCCGGGGCUGCAGAGGUAUGAGAGGGGGUGUCUCCAGAACGCUCGGGAGAUCCGAAACUCGCUUUUUGGGGAUACCAGGUCGAGCUUAAUGGUGCAGUUUGGGUGUGUCGUGGAUAUGCUCUCGGAGGGGUUGUUGGGGAGUCAUAUGGUUGAGACGCAGAUCGGCGUAGUUAUAAAGGGACAGGGCGAUUGGGUAAGGGGGUGA